ACGUAUGAAUAGGUGUUCCAGAGUGCAGAAAUCCCAAAACUAUCAGGCACAGAACCAUAUAAUGGCGAGAAUAACUAUCUCGGCAUCGGCGAUCCUAAUAGCGGCCGCGGGUUUGCUGCUGUCGCCUCUAUCCGCCGGUGGAUUAGCAGUAUCUCCUCCCAGCCCCAGCCCCAGCCCCAGGGCCAUAGGGCUGCCGGGCUGUGAGACCAGCUGCGGCGACGUGAGUGUGCCGUACCCGUUCGGCAUGGGCCCGUCCAGGUGCUACUGGCCAGGGUUCAACCUCACCUGCGACCGCCGCCGCAACCCGCCGCGGCUGCUCCUCGGCUACGACUCCGUGCUACGGGUGGCCGAGAUCUCUCUCCGGAACAGCACGGUGCGCGUCAUCCACACCGGCUCCGUCGUAUACACCCCCUCCGUGAUCUACAACACCACCGCCCAGGACUGGAACGUCAGCUUCGGCAACUGCUUCACCGGCGGCGGCGGCGCGCCCUACACGCUGUCAAGCAGCAACGAGCUGAUCCUCACGGGUUGCAACGCGCAGGCGACGCUGCUCGGGCUCGGGGACGCCGGCAACGCCAACACCGGCACCAACGAUAACAUCAUCAGCGGCUGCGCCUCCUUCUGCUCUUCCACCAUCAAGCCCUACGCCGGGGGUGUGGCCAGCGGGCACGACAAGUACUGCUCCGGGAUGGGCUGCUGCCAGGCCCCGAUCUCCACGGACAGCACGCCCAAGGAGCUGCAGUUCAGAUGGUUCAACCGGAACCACUCCCGGGACCUGAUACCGCUGCCCGUGUACGUGUUCGUGGCAGAGGAGGGGUGGUUCGACCAGCGGUGGGUCACCGACGAGCUGGUGCAGAAGCUCGAGCCACCGUCGGCAGCCGCGCUGGAGGUUCCCCUUAUUAUACGCUGGGAGGUGGCCCGUGACGUGAACUCGCAUCCCAAUUGUUCCGGGGAGGUAGCGCGCAGCCUCUGCAAGAGCAAGCACAGCGACUGCAACCAAGAGAACAGAGGCUAUUCGUGCAAGUGCUGGAACGGCUACGACGGCAAUCCCUACAUCGCCGAUGGCUGCCAAGAUAUCAACGAAUGCGAACGGCCAGAAGAACAUGGGUGCUUCGGCGGGUGUACGAACCUGCUCGGAACGUUUCAGUGCUGGUGCCCGCUAGGAACCCAUGGCGACCACACCCUGCGCAAUGGUUGUGUCAAGCCCGUCACAGGUUUGAUACUUAUAGGAGUGGGUCUUGGUCUAGUAGGCAUCCUAAUUAUGAUUCUCCCGGCGACAUUGGUUAUCCGUAAGAUCAAAAAGUUUAUUGAUGCAAAAGAUUUGAAGCGGAAGUUCUUCAAACAAAAUCGUGGACAGUUAUUGCAACAAUUGGUAUCACAAAGGACAGAUGUUGCGGAAAGGAUGAUAAUAACCUUAGAGGAAUUGAAGAAGGCCACAAAGAAUUUUGACAAGUCUCAUGAGCUUGGAGGUGGAGGGCAUGGUAUUGUUUACAAAGGAAUUUUAUCAGAUUUGCAUGUUGUAGCAAUCAAGAAGUCUAAGAUAGUGAUACAACAAGAAAUCGACGAGUUCAUAAAUGAGGUUGUCAUCCUCUCUCAGAUCAAUCAUAAGAACAUAGUAAAGCUUUUGGGCUGUUGUCUUGAGGUAGAAGUCCCAUUAUUAGUCUAUGAGUUCAUUUCCAACGGAACCCUUCACGAUCACCUUCACACCAAUGGACAUAUUUCGUUAUCAUGGAAUAAGAGGAUGAGGAUUGGGAUUGAGAUAGCCAAAGCUCUUGCCUAUCUCCACUCAGCUACUUCAAUCCCAGUGAUCCAUAGAGAUAUCAAGUCAACAAACAUACUUCUUGAUGAUACCCUAACAGCAAAAGUAUCUGACUUUGGAGCUUCAAGGUAUAUUCAAAUUGAUGAAACAGGAGUGACAACAAAGGUGCAAGGGACUAUAGGCUAUCUAGACCCAAUGUACUAUCAAACAGGGCGACUCACGGAGAAAAGUGAUGUGUACAGCUUUGGGGUUGUUCUUGUAGAACUGCUUACCAGGAAGAAACCAUUUUUAUACUUGUCAUCUGAAGGUGAUGCGGGGCUUGUUGACCAUUUUCUCACUUUACUUGCUGAAAGCAACUUGGUUGAGAUAUUAGAUCCACAGAUUUUGGAGGAAGGAGGUGAAGAAAUUAAAGAAGUUGCAAAAAUAGCAGCAGUAUGUAUAAAAUUCAGAGGAGAAGACCGACCUACCAUGAGACAAGUGGAGAUGGCACUUGAAGGCAUUCAAGCAUCUAAGGAGCAUAUUUCAAAUAAUUUUUCAAUAGAGAAAUCUGUGGACAAUAAUAUCAAAAGGAAUUUCUUUUCAACCCAAGAAGCACGAACCAAGCUGGGAGCGACUAGGAUUUAUAGUUUGGAAGAAGAAUUUUUAAUGUCGGCGAGGUACCCCAGGUAGUUGUGCCAAUAUUCCAAGAUAGUGACAACAGAUUGCAAUAGUUUUUCCUCUUUUGCUUUCUGUGUGCAGAUGAAGUAUCCAAUUUACAUAUGUAUGUUGUAUCGAUUAUCGGACUCACUUCCUAAUGUUGUCCUUUACAUA